ACAACAACCACAGCUGUUCCAACAACAAUCGAAACUGCUGCAACAACGACCACAGCUACUCCAACAACCACAGCUGCUUCAACAACCACAACUGCAGCAACAACAACCACAGCUGCUCCAACAACCACAUCUGCUGCAACAACGACCACAACUGCUCCAACAACCCCAUCUGCUGCAACAACGACCACAGCUGUUCCAACAACCACAGCUGCUCCAACAACCAUAUCUGCUGCAACAACGACCACAACUGCUCCAACAACCCCAUCUGCUGCAACAACGACCACAGCUGUUCCAACAACCACAGCUGCUGCAACAACCACAGCUGCUCCAACAACUACAGCUGCUCCAACAACGACCACAGCUGCUGCAAUAACCACAGCUGCUCCAACGACCACAGCUGCUCCAACAACCACAGCUGCUGCAACAACCACAGCUGCUGCAACAACCCCAUCUGCUGCAACAACGACCACAGCUGUUCCAACAACCACAGCUGCUGCAACAACCACAGCUGCUCCAACAACUACAGCUGCUCCAACAACGACCACAGCUGCUGCAAUAACCACAGCUGCUCCAACGACCACAGCUGCUCCAACAACCACAGCUGCUCCAACGACCACAGCUGCUCCAACAACCACCUCAGCUGCUGUAGCAGCAACAACAAUUCUCACUGCUACAACUUCAGCAACAACCACAGCCUCUGCAGGAGUUACUUAUAAAGGAAGUUUUCUUUUAAUCACAGCACUCAUUGCAUCCGCUAUUUUGAAAUGAAGAAACAAUUGUUUAAUGCAAAGAAAAAAUGUCUACAAACUUUUAAUGAUUUAUUUAAAUUUAUGACUGUCUUUUAUCUUUUUGUUUUGCAAAGUUUUUGUGGUUGAAUUGAAUCUUGAUAUGCAUACAGAAAUUUCAAUUUAUUUAUUUAUUUAUCAGUUUAUUUAUUUGCUUGUCAUUAAAUAACUAUAUUUCCUUUUUAGAUUAUAAUAUGCAUUUUUUUUAAAGAAACAUUCAUACAGAACCACAUGAGCCACACUACACAUUCAUUCAAAUAUUACACACUGUUACUACAUGCUUUUUAAAGAUGUAAUCCAAAUUGUUAUAUACUUGUGUGUAAGAAUUACAACCAAAUUUGUAUUUAUAGCUUUUAGUUAUAUUAUGCUGACCAAAGUUCGAAGUGGUUACAGGCCUGACUGUUGUUACAAAAAGAAUGUUUAUUAUUUAUUGCAAUA